AUGCUGGAGGAGAUCACCGGACCACCUCUUAAGCCGCAGCAGCGACUUACACUUCUUAAGCGUCAUUGUUUGCCUAAGCUUUUGCACCAGUUGGUACUUGGAGCAGUGCAUCGCAACACACUGAAACGACUGGAUGUACAAGUACGACAGGCGGUACGGAAAUGGUUAAAGCUCCCAGCGGACACGCCGAUUCCCUUCUUACACGCUGCUAUUCGAGACGGGGUCCUUGGUGUCCCAUGCUUGGCAGUUCUCGUUCCUUUUGUUAAGCGCCGACGACUGGAUUCAGUGCUCUCCCCAAAAGAGCCUGCAGUACGAGCAGCUGCCGCUGUCCCUUCUGCCUUCCCUGGUAUGCAGCUAGCAGCUCAACCGGUGCGUCUGGGCCAAUCGGUCUUGGAUUUCCUCUCCGGACCGACUCUUUCCAUGGCUCUUCUUGUGUGA